CAUAGCAUUCACAUCUUCUAUUCAGCUCUCUUCCACACGAGAACAUUCUCCUCUGUAUUAAUGGCCUCCACAAUGGCUCUCUCCUCCCCUUCAAUGGCCGGCAAGGCGGUGAAGCUCACCCCCUCAGCAGCCUCUGAGCUCAUGGGUAACGGCAGGGUUUCAAUGCGCAAGAGCGUUUCCAAGGCCGCGUCUUCUGGCAGCCCUUGGUACGGUCCAGACCGUGUUAAAUACCUGGGCCCAUUCUCCGGUGAGCCCCCAUCCUACCUCACUGGUGAAUUCCCCGGUGACUACGGCUGGGACACCGCCGGGCUCUCUGCGGACCCCGAGACCUUCGCCAAGAACCGUGAGCUCGAAGUCAUCCACUGCAGGUGGGCAAUGCUCGGUGCUCUCGGCUGCGUCUUCCCUGAGCUUCUAGCCCGCAACGGUGUCAAAUUCGGUGAGGCUGUCUGGUUCAAGGCCGGUGCUCAAAUCUUCAGCGAGGGAGGUUUGGACUACUUGGGCAAUCCUAGUCUUGUUCAUGCUCAGAGCAUUCUCGCAAUUUGGGCCGCUCAGGUUGUUCUCAUGGGGGCUGUUGAAGGAUACAGAGUUGCCGGUGGGCCUCUUGGUGAGGUGGUCGAUCCUUUGUACCCCGGCGGCAGCUUUGACCCAUUGGGUCUCGCAGAUGAUCCAGAGGCUUUUGCUGAGCUGAAGGUGAAGGAGAUCAAGAAUGGUAGAUUGGCCAUGUUCUCGAUGUUCGGAUUCUUUGUUCAGGCGAUUGUGACUGGAAAGGGACCUUUGGAAAACUUGGCUGAUCACCUUGCUGAUCCUGUCAACAACAAUGCCUGGUCCUAUGCUACCAACUUUGUUCCCGGAAAGUGAGGGGUUCACUUUUUUCCUCUGCAGCCACAAUUACUUGCAUAUGUCUAUCAUGUAUGGAUUUUGGAUGUUGAGGUUGUUGAUGGUGUAAAUUAAUCUUGUUCAAUAGAAAUCUCUCUCUGAUUGCAGAAAUUGUAAUCUGAUCCUUUUGAACCUGGUCUGGGAUAUUUUCGUUCUGUUUUUCCUCAAAAACAAAAUAAAAAAGGGUUACGAGAACUUU